AUGGACGUGUCCGAGGAUGGCAAGCCUCGCCUUCAACUGCCGGCCAGCUGUGAGCCGCCUCUAGGCAAAACCCAUCCUCUCGUUUGGAUUAUUUUUGGCGGUACAGGGCACAUGGGCCGUUCCCUCGUCAAAUGCGCCUUAUCCAAAGGCGACUAUGUGGUAUCGAUUGGUAGAGUCUUUGAAACCACUCCUGAAGAGAUGGAUAACAUACAUGAGAAUUGUCGUGGCGAGCUCUGUGAUGUUCGAUCGCGUGAAUCGGUUUCGAAGGUGGUCAAGCGCGCCCUUGACCAUUUUGGCCACGUGGACGUUGUCGCCAACUGCUCAGGCUAUGGAGUCAUUGGUUCAUGCGAGGACCAGGAUGAGCACGACCUUCGAAAUCAGUUCGAGACCAACUUUAUGGGGACGCUGCACAUCAUUAACGCAACGCUCCCUUACUUUAGACGGCAGAAUAACGGCAGAUAUCUCAUCUUUAGCUCGACGUCGGGCGCUCUCGGUGUUCCUGGACUGGGUCCGUAUUGUGCGACCAAGUACGCUGUUGAGGGUCUCAUUGAGGCGAUGCUUUACGAGACGGACAUUUUCAGCAUCAAAGCAACCCUGAUAGAACCAGGCUUUGUACGUCGCGACGAGCCCAUGACCAAUGAUUCAGACAGCCCUUUGCCUAGUUUUGGUCAUUUCUUUAUCAAGCCGGCUAGCGAGGGCUAUUCCGACGCUACAUCCCCGGCUUUGCAUGCCAAGCGAAUGGUGCAGUGGCUUGGAGAUCGACAACCAACAAGCGCAGUCAAAUGCGCUGAGCUUGUAUGGCAGCUCGCCCACUGCUCUUACCCGCCGCUCCGCCUGCUGCUGGGCAGCUAUGCCAUCGAGAGUAUACGCGACAGAAUGCGUUCUGUCACGGAAGAGUUGGAGGAUUGGAAACAUUUGAACUUUGCUUCUCCGACUGGCGAAAAGGAUGAAGAAACCAAGGAAAAUGCCAUGGAAACCAGUUCUUGA